AUGGUCACUAUUCAUCAUCCUCACUCAUCACUAUCAUCGGUCAUCACUAUCCUGACCCAUCACCGACCAUCCACACCCAUCACCGUCCAUCACCGACCAUCCACGCCCAUCACCGACCAUCCACGCCCAUCACCGACCAUCCACGCCCAUCACCGACCAUCCACGCCCAUCACCGACCAUCACCGACCAUCACCGAUCAUCCACGCCCAUCACCGACCAUCCACGCCCAUCACCGACCAUCACCGACCAUCCACGCCCAUCACCGACCAUCCACGCCCAUCACCGACCAUCACCGACCAUCCACGCCCAUCACCGACCAUCACCGAUCAUCCACGCCCAUCACCGACCAUCCACGCCCAUCACCGACCAUCCACGCCCAUCACCGACCAUCACCGAUCAUCCACGCCCAUCACCGACCAUCCACGCCCAUCACCGACCAUCCACGCCCAUCACCGACCAUCCACGCCCAUCACCGACCAUCCACGCCCAUCACCGACCAUCCACACCCAUUACCGACCAUCCACACCCAUCACCGACCAUCCACGCCCAUCACCGAGCAUCCACGACCAUCACCGACCAUCCACGCCCAUCACCGACCAUCCACGCCCAUCACCGACCAUCCACGCCCAUCACCGACCAUCCACGCCCAUCACCGAUCAUCCACGCCCAUCACCGACCAUCCACGCCCAUCACCGACCAUCCACGCCCAUCACCGACCAUCCACGCCCAUUACCGACCAUCCACACCCAUCACCGACCAUCCACACCCAUCACCGACCAUCCACGCCCAUCACCGACCAUCCACGCCCAUCCACGCCCAUCACCGAGCAUCCACGCCCAUCACCGACCAUCCACGCCCAUCCACACCCAUUACCGACCAUCCACCCCCAUCACCGACCAUCCACCCCCAUCACCGACCAUCCACGCCCAUCACCGACCAUCCACGCCCAUCACCGACCAUCACCGAUCAUCCACGCCCAUCACCGACCAUCACCGACCAUCCACGCCCAUCCACGCCCAUCCACGCCCAUCACCGACCAUCCACGCCCAUCACCGAUCAUCCACGCCCAUCACCGACCAUCCACGCCCAUCACCGACCAUCCACGCCCAUCACCGAUCAUCCACGCCCAUCACCGACCAUCCACGCCCAUCACCGACCAUCACCGACCAUCACCGACCAUCCACGCCCAUCACCGACCAUCCACACCCAUUACCGACCAUCCACACCCAUCACCGACCAUCCACACCCAUCACCGACCAUCCACACCCAUCACCGACCAUCCACACCCAUCACCGACCAUCCACCCCCAUCACCGACCAUCCACGCCCAUCACCGACCAUCCACGCCCAUCACCGACCAUCCACGCCCAUCACCGACCAUCCACGCCCAUCACCGAGCAUCCACGCCCAUCACCGAGCAUCCACGCCCAUCACCGACCAUCCACACCCAUCACCGACCAUCCACGCCCAUCACCGACCAUCCACGCCCAUCACCGACCAUCCACGCCCAUCACCGACCAUCCACGCCCAUCACCGAGCAUCCACGCCCAUCACCGAGCAUCCACGCCCAUCACCGACCAUCCACACCCAUCACCGACCAUCCACACCCAUCACCGACCAUCCACACCCAUCACCGACCAUCCACGCCCAUCACCGACCAUCCACGCCCAUCACCGACCAUCCACGCCCAUCACCGACCAUCCACGCCCAUCACCGACCAUCCACGCCCAUCACCGACCAUCAGCCGGAGGAGACACACACCUUUCAUCAACAAACCCUCCCCGUCACCCUCUCCAUCAGCCUGGCUGCAGGGUGGACUAAUCCAGUUCGGCUGCCAUUGUCGUCUUCAAGAGGCUGGCAUUGUGGGUGCUGUCGUGGUGGUGGUCGUCACGCGCCCCGCCGGGUGCUGGCCCUCACAAAGACCUCGGCUCCUCCUCACAGGGGCCCCGCCACCUCUGUUUACCUACUUCUGAAAAGGAUCCCGGCGAGCGAUUACCGAUGGCCAGAUGUUCCCCUACCCGGUAAUAACCCCAAGAUGGCCUGCCCCGCCCUUGUCCUUCCGAAUCGAACAUUAAAAAUACCGUCGGUGAUAAGGGCGGCUUAUCUUGUAUUGCCAAGUUCAACUUGGUUCACUACAGCUCGUGUCUGGAGGAUACGAUUGUGUAGAUGUGAGAGGCAGCCGCGGGAAGGACCCGAGGUAGCGACACACACCCAUAUAGACGGGGAGUCACAAUAA